UUGUAAUUGGUCGACGUGUUGUCCAAUCAGUGAGCUCGUUGUUCGCACGUAGCAGAGGGAGAAUCGAUGCGCCGUAGGUUGCUGUAUCAAACUCUCUCACACAUUUAUAUUUCAUCACAGUGAAUUAAAAUGAGCUCAAUUGGUACCGGGUAUGAUUUAUCUGCCUCUACCUUUUCACCUGAUGGGCGAGUAUUUCAGGUGGAAUAUGCCAUUAAGGCUGUAGAAAAUAGCAGCACAGCAAUUGGAAUCCGAUGCAAAGAUGGAGUCGUGUUCGGUGUGGAAAAGCUGGUGCUGUCCAAAUUGUAUGAAGAGGGUUCCAAUAAGCGCAUCUUCAAUAUUGAUCGCCACGUUGGGAUGGCAGUGGCUGGUCUUCUAGCAGACGCUCGAUCACUUUCAGAGGUAGCCAGAGAAGAAGCGUCUAACUUCCGCUCUAACUAUGGCCAUGACAUCCCAUUGAAGCAUUUAGCUGAAAGAGUGGCCAUGUAUGUCCAUGCUUACACAUUAUACAGCGCUGUGAGACCUUUUGGAUGCAGUUUCAUCCUGGGGUCUUAUGACGAAGAUGAUGGUGCACAACUCUACAUGGUCGACCCCUCUGGGAUUUCAUAUGGUUACUGGGGCUGUGCUAUUGGAAAAGCCAAGCAAGCUGCUAAGACAGAAAUCGAGAAACUACAGAUGAAAGACAUGACCUGCAGAGAACUGGUGAAGGAGGUGGCAAAAAUUAUCUAUAUUGUACAUGAUGAGGUGAAAGACAAAUCCUUUGAAUUGGAGCUCAGCUGGGUUGGAGAAGUCACAAAAGGAAGGCAUGUGCUUGUCCCUAAAGACGUCAAAGAGGAGGCAGAGAAAUACGCAAAAGAAUCGCUGGAGGAAGAGGAUGACUCAGAUGAAGACAAUAUGUAAACCUCUUUUCUCACUUCCUGUAUACCAUGUUCAACACAUCCUGGCGAAUCUCAGCUUUGGGCAGACAAUAAAAUGUUUUUUAUGUUUUGUAAUGGAUUAAGAAAAUCCUACGUUUUCUUCUCCUGUGGGUUUCAACCUUAAAUAAAUACCAUUUGUAACAUUGAA